GGGGGCAUCAGCUUCGGGAGAACCAAGGGGACGUCGGGGUCAGAGGCAGACGACGAGACACAGCUGACGUUCUACACGGAGCAGUACCGCAGCCGCCGCCGCAGCAAAGGUUUGCUGAAAAGCCCAGUGAACAGGACGGCACUGACGCUGAUCGCCGUGAGUUCCUGCAUCCUGGCCAUGGUGUGUGGCACUCAGAUGUCCUGUCCACUCACAGUGAAGGUGACCCUGCACGUGCCCGAGCACUUCAUUGCAGACGGGAGCAGCUUUGUGGUGAGCGAAGGGAGCUACCUGGACAUCUCCGACUGGCUAAACCCGGCCAAGCUGUCCCUGUAUUACCAGGUCAACGCCACCUCCCCGUGGGUGAGGGACCUCUGUGGACAGAGGACGACAGACGCCUGUGAGCAGCUCUGCGACCCGGACACCGGAGAGUGUAGCUGCCACGAAGGCUAUGCCCCCGACCCAGUGCACAGACAUCUGUGUGUGCGCAGUGACUGGGGACAGAGUGAAGGACCUUGGCCUUACACCACACUUGAGAGGGGCUACGAUUUGGUGACGGGGGAGCAAGCCCCGGAAAAGAUUCUCAGGUCUACUUUCAGCUUGGGCCAAGGACUCUGGCUUCCUGUCAGCAAAAGCUUUGUGGUCCCGCCUGUGGAGCUUUCCAUCAACCCCCUGGCCAGCUGCAAGACUGACGUGCUCGUCACAGAAGACCCUGCAGAUGUCAGGGAAGAAGCGAUGCUGUCCACCUACUUCGAAACCAUCAAUGACCUGCUGUCCUCCUUUGGGCCGGUUCGCGACUGCUCUUGGAACAAUGGGGGCUGCACUCGAAACUUCAAGUGCGUGUCUGACCGCCGGGUGGACUCCUCGGGCUGUGUGUGUCCCGAGGAGCUACGGCCCAUGAAGGACGGCUCCGGCUGCUACGACCACUCCAAAGGCAUUGACUGCUCUGACGGCUUCAACGGCGGCUGCGAGCAGCUGUGCCUGCAGCAGGCCCUGCCUCUGCCCUACGAUGCCACCUCCAGCACCAUCUUCAUGUUCUGCGGCUGCGUGGAGGAGUACAAGCUGGCGCCCGAUGGGAAGUCCUGCCUCAUGCUCUCCGAUGUCUGCGAGGGCCCCAAGUGCCUCAAGCCCGACUCCAAAUUCAACGACACCCUCUUUGGAGAGAUGCUACAUGGCUACAACAACCGGACCCAGCAUGUGAACCAAGGCCAAGUCUUCCAGAUGACCUUUAGGGAGAACAACUUCAUCAAGGACUUCCCGCAGCUGGCCGACGGGCUGCUGGUGAUCCCGCUGCCGGUGGAGGAGCAGUGCCGGGGGGUCCUCUCCGAGCCCCUCCCGGACCUUCAGCUGCUCACUGGAGACAUCAGGUAUGACGAGGCCAUGGGUUACCCCAUGGUGCAGCAGUGGAGGGUCCGAAGCAACCUGUACCGCGUGAAGCUCAGCACCAUCACCCUCUCGGCAGGCUUCACCAACGUGCUCAAGAUCCUGAGCAAGGAGAGCAGCCGGGAGGAGCUGUUGACCUUCAUCCAGCACUACGGCUCCCACUACCUUGCGGAGGCCCUCUAUGGCUCCGAGCUCACCUGCGUCAUCCACUUCCCCAGCAAGAAGGUCCAGCAGCAGCUGUGGCUCCAGUACCAGAAAGAGACCACGGAGUUGGGCAGCAAGAAAGAGCUCAAGUCCAUGCCCUUCAUCACCUACCUCUCAGGUCUGCUGACGGCCCAGAUGCUGUCAGAUGACCACCUCAUCUCAGGCGUGGAGAUCCGCUGUGAGGAGAAAGGCCGCUGUCCCUCUACCUGCCACCUUUGCCGCCGACCAGGCAAGGAGCAGCUGAGCCCCACACCGGUGCUGCUAGAAAUCAACCGUGUGGUACCACUUUACACCCUCAUCCAGGACAAUGGCACCAAGGAGGCCUUCAGGAGCGCGCUGAUGAGCUCCUACUGGUGCUCGGGAAAAGGGGAUGUGAUCGAUGACUGGUGCCGGUGUGACCUCAGCGCCUUUGACGCCAGUGGGCUCCCCAGCUGCAGCCCCCUCCCGCAGCCGGUGCUGCGGCUGUCCCCAACUGUGGAGCCCUCCAGCACCGUGGUCUCCUUGGAGUGGGUGGACGUUCAGCCGGCAAUUGGGACCAAGGUCUCUGACUAUAUUCUGCAGCACAAGAAGGUGGAUGAGUACACAGACACGGACCUCUACACAGGAGAAUUCCUGAGUUUUGCCGAUGACUUACUCUCUGGCCUGGGCACAUCUUGUGUAGCAGCUGGUCGAAGCCACGGAGAGGUCCCCGAAGUCAGUAUCUACUCCGUCAUCUUCAAGUGUCUGGAGCCCGACGGCCUCUACAAGUUCACUCUGUACGCUGUGGACACACGGGGGAGGCACUCGGAGCUCAGCACAGUGACCCUGAGGACAGCCUGUCCACUGGUGGAUGACAACAAGGCGGAAGAGAUAGCCGACAAGAUCUAUAAUCUGUACAAUGGGUACACAAGUGGAAAGGAGCAGCAGACGGCCUACAACAUGCUGAUGGAGGUCUCAGCCUCCAUGCUGUUCCGAGUCCAGCACCACUACAACUCUCACUAUGAGAAGUUCGGGGACUUCGUCUGGAGGAGCGAGGAUGAGCUGGGGCCCAGGAAGGCCCACCUGAUCCUGAGGCGGCUGGAGAGGGUGAGCAGCCACUGCUCCAGCCUCCUGCGCAGCGCCCACAUCCAGAGCCGCGUGGACACCGUGCCCUACCUGUUCUGCCGCAGCGAGGAGGUCCGGCCCGAGGGCAUGGUGUGGUACAGCAUCCUCAAGGACACCAAAAUCACGUGCGAGGAGAAGAUGGUGUCCAUGGCCCGGAACACGUAUGGGGACUCCAAGGGCCGGUGAGGGGGGCCGCCACCCUCCGUGAGCACAGAGACUCUCCGUGGGAGGGGGAGCUGCACCCCCGUGGAUUCCGGGGCGAGGUGGGCUGGGAGACAGCUGAGGAUGGGCUUGGCCAAUUAGGCUUGGCAGUGAGGCCAAAGCAAACUCUCUCUCUUGUGGAUAGCCAACAGAGGACUUUGUAAACACUGGAAUUAUCCAUUUUUCUCUACCUUUUAUUUUUUCUAAGAUAUUAUUUGACUCUAUCCAAGUCUCUCCUUUUUCAACGUUUUCUUCUGGAUGGCGGUCAAUGCCGAGGCAGGAGCUUUCAGGUGGAGACCAAGCGGCCUUUCCCCUUCUUCCUUCCUGCGGCCACACUCAGCUUCCUCCCAGCCCUGGACCCCAGGAGGAGAUGGAUGGAGAGACGAUCCGCCCUCCUCAGCAUCAGGAAGGAAGCCCCGAGGAUCUCGGCAGUGAGGAAGCGUGGGUCUUUAGGACUUUAUUCCCAGCUGGCAUUGAGUUUGCAGGACCUCGGCCUCUUCCUGCUACCUGUGGGUCUGCCCGGUGUCCCUGCAGGACUUUCCAUGCAUUAAAAAUUCCUAUUGUCUCUC